UCGAUAGAUGGUCGAUUUGACUAAAGAAGCAUUAUCCAGAAACAGCCACACAGCAGCCGGACGCCCCGAUCCUACUGCUUCCAGUUCCCCACCAUUCCGUAGGUCACCGUGACAAAAAACAUCACCGGGUUAACCCAAUUACUUCCAGCUUAUAACGUGGGUGUUCAACAAAACGACAAUACUUUUGAAAUACCAGUAGAAAGUACCACUGCCAGAAGGAAAUAGCUUGGAAGUAGCCCUUUAACAUACAACCCAACAAGUUUUUGUACAUAUAAUACAACCCGUGAUCGAGAUUGUAUAAGCUUUUAGUUUUUUUGUCCCUGUCUCUUCUUCCUCAAUCAUUCUUUUGCUACAGAGAAAAAAACAAAGAACUAAAUUUAACUGCACUAAUUAAUUCAAGCAGUCCAAAGAAAGAUCAUAUCUUCUCAUCAAGCCACCAUUUAAUUUCUGGAAAGAUGAAAAAUCAGUUAUCUUCAAGCGAUGAAGAUGACUACCCACCUUCAAGAAUGUUGUAUUGCUGGUGGAGAUCAACCGCCAAGUUUGAAGAAUGUGCAAGACUCAAGCUUGGCUUACCAAACAUUUCUAGUCUUACUCCAAGAAUUAGGGUACUUAGAGAGCUAGAGAGAUUGGCUUUGAUUUCUCAUGAAGGACUCAAUGAACUGCGUUACAAGCUACAGAUGUAUAAAUCAGGUGAUUAUUGGGUGCCAACAGGAGGUAUUGAGAAGGAAGAAAUGGAUAUUCCCUCAGUAAUCACUAUUCUCUUGGUCGGUUUCUCUUCUUCUGGCAAGAGUUCGCUUGUUAACUUAAUGUACAGUGUUCUAGGUCGAACUGGACUUGUACCUUUUGCUCAAACUUCAUCAGGGGGUGCUAAAAACUACACUACCAUGUACAUGGAGGAACACAAUGUGAUGAGGUCGAUGCAAAGUGGGUUUUGCGUGUUUGAUUCUAGAGGGUUUAAUUAUGAUAAAAUUGGAGAAGCCCUUGAAGAAUUGUCUAGUUGGAUGACUGAUGGAGUCCACCAUAACCAGCUUUGCUUGAGAUCAGGAGAUGCUACUUUGUUGAAAGACGAUAUAGAAGCUGCAGCUUCAAGAUCAUCUUCAAAGUUUCUAAUCAGGAGAGUGAAUUGCGCAAUGGUUGUGGUCAAUAUUGCUGAAGUUUAUAAAGCUCUAAAAGCUGGUGAUUCCAAGCAAUUAGAAGCCACAAGAGAGCUCUUUUGCUCCCCUGCUUUAAGAAAGUGCAAUGAGAAUCCAAUCUUGAUCUUGACCCACGGCGACUUAUUGACGAACGAGGAAAGAAUAGAAGGCAGGAUCAAGAUAUGCGAACGUCUAGGUAUACAAGAGACGAAUGGAGUCUAUGAUGUUGUAUGCCUGACGGAAUAUGGAUUCCUUGCAGAAGAGUCUGAUCCUGUGACUGCCUAUGCAGUAGCUGAAGCAGUAUACAGGGCAUUACUCAUCUCGGAUAGGGGACACUUUCCAAGCAAAAAAUUCCAGGAUUGGGCAAUAUUCAUAUUGUCAUGGCUAAUGUCCUUUCUGGGUAUUGUUUUCGCUUUCUUAGCUGAAAUUUGCACAGCACUUGGACAAAGGAGGAAUAAGUUGAAGCAUUAACCAUCAAGUUGAAGGAAGCAAGCAUAUAUAGAUCGGUUUUAUAUGUGUAUAUUGACGUGUUCAGUAAUACUGCUAUGUCCUUUUAGUUGGCUGUGGAGAGAGAUUCUGAAAUAUUAAGUUAAGCUAACUCCAUGACUUUGUGUUAAAUCUGAGGUAGAAAACUUGUUUGAUCAGAUGUACAAGCUAUAUUAGUAUUAUUUAUUUGCA